AUGCGCCCCCGAGCCCACUCUCAGGGAGCGCGGGGCCUCAGCCCGGGGCGCACUCGCGGGGCCCGGCCGCGCGCCCGAGGUAAGUGGCGCCGCCGGCCUCUCCAGCGCCCACGGCCUCGGGGUCGCCCACCGCCUCGGGGUCGCCCACGGCGAGCAUCCGCUUUUCCGGCAAAAGCGCAAACUGCGCGGGCCACGCGGCCGCCCGGGCUGGCGGUGCGCACCUGCCGGUCCUCGGCGGCGCACGCUGGGACCUUCCCAGGUCCCGGCGCAGGGACAGCGGCCUGCGCGGCGCUCGCUCCCCGGGGCUUCGCUGGCUGCGCGCAAGAAGCCGAUCGCGGAGCGGAGCGGACGCCAGGCGAAACGGACACGCGUGAUGCCCGCCUCGGGCUCUCUGCACCGGGCACCUCGGUGCCGCCCGGGUUCCUGCCUGUCCCGGGACGCUGUCCAGCGGGGCGGUGCGCGGCUCCGGGCCCGGCCGAUCCGACCCGUGGCGCUCCCCGGGAAGCCGGGGUCCCGGGACUGGGCCACCCACGGGGCGUCCGCCGCCUCUCCUCCCGCAGCCCGGUCCCCUCGGUCCCGCGCCCGGGCCGCCGGGGCGCUGCGGAGUCCGGGAGAAGUUUGUUGGCCCGGAACCGGGGGCCCCUGGGGAGCAGGCGGGUUGCAAGGCAGACCUGCCUGCGUGGAGGUGACAGGGAGCGAGAAGCAGGCGAGAGGGUGACCGGCACGGGCCGGGUCCUCCGGCGGCCCCGAGAGGCUCCAUUGCCCGAGGACGAGGAGGAGGAGGAGGACCGGGAAGAAAAAUUAUGUCCUAUACUGACAACAGAGGGAAGACAGUUUAUACAAGACAACAGAAAUAAACUUGAAGUUUCAGGUUUUGAUUUAGGAGAGAGCUUUUCUCUGAGACAUGCAUUUUGUGAAGGUGAUAAAGCCUGUUUCAAGCUGGGAAAUGCACUUCUUAUUAGAGAUACUGUUAAGGUAUUUCCCAAAGGUCUUCCAGAGGAAUUCUCCAUAGUAGCCACUUUUCGUGUACGAAGAAACACAAAGAAGGAACGGUGGUUUCUGUGGCAGGUUUUAAACCAGCAGAAUAUGCCCCAGAUUUCUAUAGUAGUUGAUGGCACAAAGAAGGUCGUGGAAUUUAUGUUCCAAGCUUCUGAGGGAGAUGUGUUGAACUACGUUUUUAAAAAUCGAGAACUGCGUCCUUUGUUUGAUCGUCAGUGGCAUAAACUCGGCAUUGAUGUACAAUCUCGGGCCAUUUCACUCUAUAUGGACUGUAAUUUAACUGCAAGUCGGCAGACCGACGAGAAGGACCCUGUUGAUUUUCAGGGAAGGACAGUUAUUGCUGCGCGAGCUUCAGACGGCAAGCCUGUGGAUAUUGAACUUCACCAACUUAAAAUCUACUGUAAUACAAACUUCAUUGCUCAAGAAUCAUGUUGUGAAAUAUCCACUACUAAGUGCCCAGACCAGGACAUCUUUGGAAAUUUGGCAUCGUCAUCAGUAACCGCGCACGCUGGUGAAAUGUCUGCAUACCUGCCUGCAGAGCCAGAGCUUCCAGACCUGUGCCCAUGCGUUCCAAGCAAGGGAGAAGCAGGAUUGCCAGGAGCUGCUGGUUCACCUGGGCAGAAAGGAGAGAAACGAGAGCAGGGUGAACAUGGCUUACCUGGGGCUCCAGGCUUACCUGGUCAAAAGGGAGAGCAAGGUUUUGAAGGCAUCCAAGGAAAAAUUGGCGAAAAGGGUGAACAAGGAGCAAAAGGAGACCCAGGUCUGCCUGGCCUUAAGGGACAAGAUGGUGUGAAAGGUGACUUGGGGCCUCAUGGUCCACCUGGCCCAAAAGGAGAAAAGGGAGAUACAGGACCUCCAGGACCACUGGCCUUAACUGGUUCCGUAGGGAUACAGGGCCCCCAAGGUCCACCUGGAAAAGAAGGUCAAAGGGGAAGACGAGGAAAACCAGGACCCCCAGGAAAACCAGGACCCCCAGGACCACCCGGACCUCCUCGGUUACAAGGAAUACAACAGACUCUUGGUGGAUAUUUUAACAAGGGUGAAACUGGACUUUCAGUAUUUCCAGAGUUUCUUGGCCAAGGACAAAAAGGAGAACCUGGGGAACCUCUUAUAAAAGGUGAAAAGGGAGAUAGAGGAGAACCUGGGCUAAUGGGAUCACAGGGAAUAAAGGGAGAACCUGGAGACCCUGGUCCACCUGGUUUAAUAGGAAGCCCAGGACUAAAGGGUCAGCAAGGACCUGCAGGUUCCAUGGGACCCAGAGGACCACCAGGAGAUGUUGGCUUGCCAGGAGAACAUGGUAUUCCAGGAAAACAAGGCACUAAAGGAGAAAAGGGAGACCCAGGGGGCAUCGUAGGCCCACCAGGACUUCCAGGGCCAAAGGGAGAGGCCGGUCCUCCAGGGAAGAGCCUGCCAGGAGACCCUGGUUUAGAUGGAAAUCCUGGAGCACCUGGUCCACGUGGGCCAAAGGGAGAGAGAGGACUGCCCGGUGUCCAGGGUUCCCCCGGUGAUGCAGGCCAGCCAGGGAUGGGGAUUCCCGGCAGAACGGGUUCCCAAGGUCCAGCUGGAGAGCCAGGUGUGCAGGGUCCUCGGGGUCUUCCUGGGUUGCCAGGAACUCCAGGGAAUGAUGGAGCUCCAGGGAGGGAUGGAAAGCCAGGCCUGCCAGGCCCCCCAGGUGAUCCGAUUGCACUUCCUCUCUUGGGAGACAUCGGAGCCUUGCUCAAGAACUUCUGCGCCAACUGCCAAGCCAAUGUCCCUGGGCUGAAAAGCGACAAAGGAGAUGAAGGGGGUGCAGGGGAGCCUGGGAAGUAUGAUUCUCUAGCCCAGAAGGGCGAUAUGGGGCCACGGGGUCCUCCAGGAAUCCCAGGCAGAGAGGGGCCAAAGGGAGCCAAAGGAGAGCGAGGCUACCCUGGAAUACCUGGGGAGAAAGGUGAUGAGGGUCUUCAAGGAAUUCCAGGCAUUCCAGGAGCCCCGGGCCUGACUGGACCCCCUGGAUUAAUAGGAAGAACUGGACAUCCUGGUCCCGUGGGAACAAAGGGUGACAAGGGCAGCGAGGGACCCCCUGGGAAACCUGGACCCCCUGGACCACCCGGUAUACCACUCAAUGAAGGAAAUGGCAUGAGCAGCUUAUAUAAAAUCCAGGGAGGCAUGAAUGUUCCCAGUUAUCCAGGACCCCCUGGUCCCCCUGGCCCAAAAGGUGAUCCUGGCCCAGUGGGAGAGCCUGGUGCAAUGGGCUUGCCAGGACUAGAAGGAUUUCCAGGCAUGAAGGGAGAUCGAGGCCCAGCAGGUUCUCCAGGAAUAGCCGGGAUAGGGGGAAAACCUGGUGCCCCAGGGCCUCCGGGAGUCCCAGGGGAACCGGGUGAAAGAGGACCUGUUGGGGAUAUUGGUUUCCCUGGACCAGAAGGACACCCAGGAAAACCAGGAAUAAAUGGAAAAGAUGGCUUACCAGGUCCUCAGGGCCUCGUGGGUAAGCCUGGAGAUAGAGGACCCAAAGGAGAACGUGGUGAUCAGGGAAUCCCAGGAGACAGAGGCCCACAAGGUGAAAGAGGAAAGCCAGGCCUUAUGGGCACGAAGGGGACCAUAGGUCCCAUGGGGCCACCAGGAAGCAAGGGCUCUAUUGGAUCCCCUGGCCACCAAGGCCCCCCAGGAUCCCCAGGCCUCCCUGGCACUCCGGCUGAUGCAGUUUCAUUUGAAGAAAUAAAGAAGUAUAUUAAUCAAGAGGUCCUAAGGAUUUUUGAAGAGCGGAUGGCUGUGUUUCUGUCCCAGCUCAAGCUGCCGGCAGCAAUGUUGGCGGCCCAAGCUCAUGGGCGGCCUGGUCCACCAGGGAAGGAUGGAUUGCCCGGGCCACCAGGAGACCCCGGACCCCAAGGGUACCGAGGACAGAAAGGAGAAAGAGGGGAACCUGGAAUUGGGCUACCAGGGAGCCCAGGCCUUCCUGGGACUUCAGGCUCCCCGGGCGCCCCGGGGCCCCAGGGCCCCCCUGGACCCAGUGGAAGAUGUAAUCCCGAGGACUGCCUGCACCCUGUGUCCCAUGCCCAUCAGCAGACAGGUGGAAAGUGAACACACAUGAGGACGUCUUGCUCCCUGGCCACACCUCCUUGCCACUGGGGCAAACUUGGUUCCGUGAAACUCUCAUAUUUGUGAGCUGCUUUGUUGUUCUUUUUCCUGGUGCAAGCUAGACAUUAAAAGCAACAAUUUGGAUCCUGACCCUAAUAAUAAUUUCACAUCAGUAGUUGUAGAUUUUUCCAAAUUUAUUCUGUAUGUUUCCCUUUAUCAUUUCUAUGAUUUUUAUUCAGAGUUUUAUAUGAAACAUGCAAACAAAUCUUGUGAUUAGUUCUUCAAAGAGAAAGUAUAUCAUAGUUUUUUGGCAGAUUGCUGAUGAUGUACGUUUGGCAGACUCAUCAACAUGUGGUUGACUUUGGCCUUCGGGAUUUUAAAGCUCAGACUUACAGUAAAAUUUCCUUAGUGCUUAAACUUACUAUCAUUUUCAACAAUUUUGUCAGCUUUUUUCAGAUAGUGCAUUGCUCCUGUUGAGUUUUUGACUGCUUUUUAAGACAAGAAUUUUCAUGUCAUCCUACAUCCUACUUAUGCAGAAAAAUAUAUAGGCAAUAAGAACUUCAUUUCAUGCUGCGCAAGUGCAAGGACCCGAGUUCGAUCCCCGGUACCAAAAAAAAAAAAAAAAGAACUUCAUUUCAUAACUUAGGUUUUGGAAAUAAUACAGGUUUAUUUCAUCAGGAAGCCCCAAAACUCACCGUAGCCAAUAAAAAGAUGAUUUUGUAAUUCUUUAUAAUGAGCUCAAGGCAAAGCAAUCCCCACUGGCAUAAAUACAUACACCAUGAGGGGGAAAAGGAGCGAAUUCGGAUUGUUUAGGAGUUCCACAAGAAAACCUAAUAUUCUGGUCUCUUUGGUGACUUUCUCCUUUGAUGAGCAAAUGAAAGCUGUUUUCCCUAAGAGCUGUUUAGUGGUGAUAGCAUGGAACUGUUCUUCAGCACUCAUGAAGCCUAAAUAGCCUGGCAAGACAGUUGGGCCCCCACAGCCAUAUUCUUCUGACCUCAUGACCUUCGGACUUCAAGACAAGAACUGACCAUCAAGGGCCGGGGAUUUAGCUCAGUGGCAUUGCACCUACCUGGCAAGCACAAGGACCUUAGUUCAAUCCCCGGUACUGGAAAACAAAAAAACAAACAAAAGAACUGGCCAUCAGAACAAAAGACGGGAUGUGUAAUGACUGGAAAAGCAACCUAUUUGCCUCAAAGAUGAAUGUGUGGGAUCAGCAAACACUUAUCUCGAAGGUGAAGCCCCACAGCUCCUAUGGAGAAGUUUCCUCAAAGACCUCAGGCCACACAGGCCAUUAGCAGUCAACACAGGAGCUACCACUCGCUUCCACACUUGCCCUUGGAAAGGAAACAGAGUCACUGCAUAGUGUGUUAAUGCCUGCCUAUACAUCAUCUGGAGAAAUUUGGGUUGAAAGCCACUGACCAGCUAGCACACCGGCAUGAGGAUGCUGCUGAGGUCCAGCUGGAGGGUCCCACGGGUGCUGAGAGCAUCGCCACAAGAGGCCUCCAUCUCUGCGCUUGGUUCACACCUCUCCAAAGAGCACCAUGGGUUAGCAGUUAGCAAACGUAUAGCAGGACGAUUGCUUUUGUCUGUGAAUUGAAAACUGCAUCUAAGCAAAGCAAGCCCACUGAAAUUGGAAAAAGCUGUGAAUAGAGCUAUGCCUGGGAUGGGCGCCUAAAUUAAGGCAGGGUUUGUUUAAAUGCACCCAUGAUUUGAACUGGUUUUCAUUACAGAUGAGUGGACUGCUGGUCAGGUACUGUCGACAUGGCUGUGCAUACGUACAACCUUUGUUAUUUCAUAUCAAAUUGUGCUGUGUAUUUUAAUUCCACAUUUAUUUAUUUUAUUUUCCAAGGUUAUUUGAACUGUUUUUAACUUUGAUUUUCUUCACUUUUUUCCUGUGCAGUAGCUACAAUGGUGCUGUGUUUUAAACUUUACAUAAUUGGAAUAUACAUAUGUGUUUUUGCAUAUGUGUUUUCUUAGUAAAAUGAUACUUUAUGCCCAAAAAUGUACAUAGAUUUAAAAUCUGGUGCUAUGUGUAUAUCUUGAGAUUUUAAUUUGUUGGAUUUUCUGAAAGAUUACAACUUAUCUGACACAUUAAUUUACUUGAAUUUGUCAUAAAGUUAAACAUUUUCAUGUUUGCAAAGAUUAUUUUUCAAUAUUAAUAAGUUGUUUAUUCUUUUGCUUCUUGGCUAAAUCAAAAAUAUUUAUUUUAUUAUCUUAGUGUUUUCAUUGACUUUUGCUGAUAGUGAUCGAUUUAUUUUUUUAGUUGAUAUGUUAUACAAAACGAUGCAGUUCAUUUUCUUGUUUUACAAAUUUUGUUCAUUUUAAUUCUACAGAAUAUGCCAUGUAUCCUUUCAUACAAAUUUUAUAGUUUGGGAUCUUUCUUUUUUUAAAUUCCAUGAAUGCUUAACUGUUUAUUCCUGUUUUAAGGGUUUAGAUUUAUUUUGAUGAUUUCAACAGGGAGGAGGUAAAAUAUGUUACAUCAUGCAUCUUACAAAGUGGAACUGUCACAGUGAUUCAGUCUCAUCUUUUGUAACUGGCACACAUGACUAAAUGUGACUUAACGAGGAAAACAGGGCUGUGUCCACGUCCCUCUCACCCUACUGUUAUCAUUUGCCUUCACACUUUGUCCUGCCCCAGUUCUAUUCACACAAUGGGCUACAAGAAACACUGGGCCCAGCUAAUGCAACACCAAAUGAAGUGGAGAUUUGACCGGCACCCAAUUCCUUUAAUAAAAAGAAAGUAGAUCAUUUGAGCCCCAAAGUAGGGUGGGAAAUUUUCCUCUGAAUAACGAUGGUCGCCAAUUCUCUUGUACCAUUUUGUUCCAUUCCAAAACAUUUGUUUACCCUCAAAUAAUGUCAGUCAUGUCCACAAAAGGGAAGAAGAAUUAUUUUCUCUCAUUUCCACAGACAAGAUAAAUUUUUAAAUAUAAAAUAAUUAUGGGCCAUGAUGACAAUAUUAGAACUGGUCUUUUUUCCAUUUACAAGUACAUUGGAAUCCAGUCUUAAAUUUUAUACCAAGAUCAAUUUACACUUUUAGAUAGAAAUAUUCCUACAUAAAGAGUAAGGUUUAACUUUAAUGAUUUGUGGCCUUUGGGAUGUAAAGAAAAAAGGAAGAAUGAAGCAUGCAUUUACUCAUUGUUCUGAAGACAUUAGCUGUUAUUUCUGACUGUAACACAACACAGCCAGUCUUAACUUUUCAAAGUCCACACUUUGACCAGAGUAAUUUAGUGUGACUUUAAAGUAGUGCUAUAUAUUUAUUUCCAUAUUUCAUGACAUUGCUGAAAUUUUAAAAUUUUAGCCACUUCAUAAAGCUUCACUAAUUAUUUCAAGAUAUGUCAUCUAUAAAAAUUGACAUUUGAUGUUUGGCUUAUGAAGUAAUUCUUUAUGACUGUGUUUUAGGCAUUCAUAAGAUUUAGCUUUUCUGCAGUCUCUCCCAUCCGUUGGGAACCCAUGAAAUACCUCCUUUAAUCCACAAGGUGGUACUAAGACUCUGUGACUUGAGUGGACUCUCAGAACUGCAGGCUAAGAAAGGUUUAGUGGACAUCAACAUCAGACCUUUCCCUUGUACCUUUUUUUUUUAACUUUUGUAAAUAACUUUAUUUAUGUUUUAUUAAUGUAUAUUUUUCCUAAUUUAAGCAUCUUUAUGAAACAGGCACAAUAGCCUUUGGUUUGUUGACUGUUUCAAUUUUAUUUCUUCAGUGUAUAUAUACUUAAAUACCUAGUUAGUGUGCAAAUUUACCAUGUUACUUUUGUAUACCACCCUCAUAUUUUAGUGAUUAAUAUGAAAAUAUCUAGUUAUCCUACAUUUUAGACAGGAAAAAUAUUCUCUUCACAGACAAGUUAAAAGUAUUUAGCUUAUUACAAGAAGUAAACAAUUUAUAAAUAAUACAAUGUCUACACUCCAUAUUGUUCAACACUUAGUUUUGCAAUUAGACCUGUAUAAUGCUUAUAUUUUUCUAUGUCACUAUUUACAAAAGAUAGGGACACUGUUUUUCAGAAUACCAUUGUGCUCCUAAAUUGUUAUUAAUAUCCCGAGACUGAGAAUUCUGCAACUGAGAGAUAUGCAGUUGUUUCAGUGAAUCCUCAGACCAGUUCUGCGGAUUUGUUCCUUGACUUUGUUCUCCUUUUUCCCAGUUCUCUGUACCACCUUCUUAAGACACACCGUGUCUCCUGUGGUGGUUCCCAGGGCCAUUUCUUAAUGCUUUAGAGUAUUACCUUGUGUUGAGGCACACACUCCCCCUUUCUAUCUCUCCUCUCCCAGAGAUUACCCAGGUUUCUAAGAGCAAGAGAUGCACAAAGGAAUUCUUGACUAGUAUCUUUCAUGUCCGUGCACUUCAAAGGGACUUAGCCCAUUGAAUUCUGUUCCUUUAUUAGUUGGCUGAUAAAAGAAGUCUUAGCUACAUUAAAUUUGUUCAGAUAUUAAGGGUCUCCAGAAACAGGAAGAAUGGUCUUUUUCAUUCUUAUUUUCUGAUAUAGCUGGAGCUAUAAUCUGAACAUCUCACUACAGAAAAGCAUGCCAGAGUAACUGGUCAGCUGAGUUUGGUUAAACCCAAUGAAGCACCAGGUGAUCACAGAGCUAAUGCAUUCAGGCAAGCAGACUAACAUGGAAAAACAAUUUACCUAAAAGAUAAGAUUGUAAGACCCAAGCUAAGUCUAAGAAAAGCUAAAUGGAAUAAAAUUUCAAGUUCAAAUUCAACAGAGAAUGACAUGGUGCAGGUCAAGGAAUUUGUCAAAAGUGAUUAAUAAAGUGGGAGGUCUUGCUAAACUUAGGGGUGGUUAUGUAAGAUUUAAAUGUAAUGGAAAUGUGUGUGUUACUUGACCAUAAUAAGCUUAGGAAUGUAAAAUACUAGCUAUUUUGCAACUUUUUAUUUUGCUGAGUUAAAGAAUAUUUUGGAGAUAUUUUUAGCAUGUCUAUGUAUUUGAAUUUGGAUUGUAUUAUGGCAUAUUUUAUAACUAUUUAUUUGUAAAAUAAUGUGGGAUAUAUUCUCCUCCAGUUUGUUCAUUCUAUAUCUUACCUCAUCAAACUCUUUCAAGUUUAAUUCACUGUACUCAUGUUAAGUGGAAUGGCAUGCAUUUUAUUCUAAAUCCCAAGUGGAUAAAAUACUUUGAGGCCUUGAUUCUUAUAUCUUUUAUUAUGCAUAAUGAGCUUGUUGCCUAUCUCAGCAAUAAAAGAUUUGACUCUAAA